UGGACAAUUUCCAUUCCAUCAGUGCCAAACGGCUUCGCCUUCUCGUGAUAAACUUCAAGUGGGAAGAAACAGGGGUUCGGUUUAUUUUUGGGCAACACGGACGGCGAUUUAGUCGCGUGCCUUUACUGGUUCGAUCUCUCCAUCUUUUCCUUCCUUUCUUCAAACUACUUUAAUUCUGCAACGUCCGUUCAUUUGGACAAUCUUUCUUUCUCUCUACUCUAUCUGUUCAUAGAUAUUCAUCGCUUCGUCCUCAAUUGGGUUUCACUACUCGCACAUAUAUAGGGGACAUUGACCCUUGGUCACUUCAACUUCACAACAUACACACACACACACACACACACACAAUGUCUACACACGAAAAGGAACACAACGUCGCUCAGGCGUCUUCAGACACCGCAGACUCAGAUUCACCGGCUGCCGGCUUCCGUCCCAAAGGAUGGAUGUACAAAACCCUACGCCUCGGCCGUCUAGAGCUCUGGUACGCCUCGCCUAAAGUCCAGCUCUUCAUGGUCUCCAUCGUCUGCUUCCUAUGCCCCGGCAUGUUCAACGCCCUGACGGGUCUCGGUGGUGGCGGCCAGGUCUCCAAUGAGGCCCAGGAUCACGCCAACACAGCUCUUUACAGCACAUUUGCUGUCGUCGGUUUCUUUGCUGGAACUUUUGCCAAUAGGUUGGGACUGAGGUUGACUCUUUCCAUUGGAGGUUUGGGAUACUGCGUUUAUGCUGCUUCGUUCUUGUGCUACUCGCAUACUCAGAACAUGCCCUUUGUCGUCUUUGCUGGUGCCCUUCUUGGUGUUUGUGCUGGACUCUUGUGGGCUGCCCAGGGCUCUAUCAUGAUGUCUUAUCCUCCUGAGCAGAGCAAGGGACGAUAUAUCUCCUGGUUCUGGGUUAUCUUCAACAUGGGUGCUGUCAUCGGUUCUCUUAUCCCCCUCGCCCAAAACAUCAACAAGAAAGCAGGUCCCGUGUCUGAUGGUACUUAUGCCGCCUUCAUCGCCCUCAUGGCUAUCGGUGCCAUCCUCGCUCUCAUGAUCUGCGACGCCGACAAGAUCGUCCGUGAAGACAACACAAAGGUCAUCGUCAUGAAGAACCCCUCGUGGAGCACCGAGAUCAAGGGCCUCUGGGAGACUCUCUACAGCGCGCCCUGGGUCGUCCUCCUCUUCCCCAUGUUCUUCUCCUCCAACAUCUUUUACACCUACCAAAACGUCAACAUGAACCUCGCCCAGUUCAACGUCCGCACUCGCGCUCUCAACAACCUGCUCUACUGGCUAGCCCAGAUCUUCGGCGCUCUCAUCAUCGGCUACGCCCUCGACAUUUCGAGCGUUCGCCGCAGUGUCCGCGCAAAAAUCUCGCUCGUCGUCCUUUUCGUUCUGACUUUCGCCAUCUGGGGCGGUGGCUACGCUUGGCAAAAGGAUCAGCGACCUCGCGAGAUCGCUAUGAAUCCCGCCAAUGAAAAUGACAAGAUCGACUGGGACGACGGUGCCAAGCGAUUCGUCGCUCCCAUGAUCCUCUACUUUUUCUACGGAUUCUUCGACGCCGCUUGGCAAACUUGCAUCUACUGGUACAUGGGCGCUCUCUCCAACUCUGGCCGCAAGACCGCCAACUUUGCUGGUUUCUACAAGGGUAUCCAAUCCGCCGGCGCUGCCAUCUUCUGGCGUAUGGACGGUCUCGGCAAGCCCUUCGACACCAUCUUUGCCGCAACAUGGGCCUGCCUCGGCGCCUCGCUCGUCAUCGCUGCACCAGUGAUCUUUAUGAAGAUCCAAGACUCCAUCUCCAUGGAGGAAGACCUCAAGUUCAGCGACGAGAAGAUCGAGGACGUUGUCGUUGCGCCAACGACCAAGAAGACCACAGACAUUGAAUCUUGAACUAAAAGUUAAAACACUACUAUAUACAAGAAUACUUAAUUAAUAUUGUAAUUAUACUUGGCGUUUUGAAGUGUACACAUUGGAUCAGUGGAAUUGGAGGGGCUAUGUUUUGACUUGUGAUGAUUUAUGGCAUUGCAUAACACGGACAGUUUUGUCAAUUAGGUUU